GAUGCCACCGUCAGCGGCUCCUCCGGUUUGAGCUGGGCCUCAGACGUUUGCAGAGCGAUGUCCUGACGCACCUGGUCCCCCGGGGGCAGAGAAGACCUAACAAGGCCCGCUGAACCUGCGCGUCCGGGUCGCCCGGUUUUCCCCGCCCGGCGCACCCUCCGCGUGCUGCUGGUCGCAGAGAUGGCAAAUUCCGGGGUAGUUAUAAGUAGCUGCAGCUCUCACCAGGAGGAAAAUUGCUGCACUUUUAACCAGAAUACAUCUCCCUCCGAGGAGCUUCUACUAGAAGACCAGAUGAGGCGGAAACUCAAAUUUUUUUUCAUGAAUCCUUGUGAGAAAUUCUGGGCUCGAGGUAGAAAACCAUGGAAACUUGCCAUACAAAUUAUAAAACUUGCAAUGGUGACUAUCCAGCUGGUCUUUUUUGGGCUAAGUAACCAGAUGGUGGUAGCUUUCAAGGAAGAUAACACUGUCGCAUUCAAACACCUCUUCCUAAAAGAGUAUGUGGACCAAGCGGAUGACACAUAUGCAGUGUACACACAGCGCGACGUGUACAAUCAGAUCCUCUUCACGGUGAACCAGUACUUGCAGCUGCGCAACAUCUCAGUUGGGAACCAUGCUUAUGAGAAUAAAGGCACGGAUCAGUCCGGUAUGGUGAUCUGUCAGCACUUCUACAAGCAAGGAAACAUCCUUCCUGGAAAUGAUACCUUUGACAUUGAUCCAAAAAUUGAAACUGAAUGUUUCUCUGUGGAGCCAGAUGAGUCUUUUUACAUUGGAACGCUAGAAGAAAAUAAACUGAACUUAACGCUGGACUUCCACAGGCUCCUAACUGUGGAGCUGAAGUUUAAACUGAAGGCCAUCAAUCUACAGACUAUUCGUCAUCAUGAGCUCCCUGACUGUUAUGAUUUCACUCUGACUAUAACAUUUGACAACAAAGCCCAUAGUGGAAGAAUUAAAAUAAGCUUAGAUAAUGACAUUUCCAUCAGAGAAUGCAAAGACUGGCACGUGUCUGGGUCAGUUCAGAGGAACACUCACUACAUGAUGAUCUUUGAUGCCUUUGUCAUUCUGAUAUGCUUGGCUUCCUUAAUCCUGUGCUUUCGAUCUGUGAUUAAAGGAAUUCAGCUUCAACAGGAAUUUGUCAGUUUUUUCCUCCUCCAUUAUAAGAAGGAGGUCUCUCUUUCUGAGCGAAUGGAAUUUGUCAAUGGAUGGUACAUUAUGAUUAUAAUCAGUGACUUACUGACGAUCAUCGGAUCAAUUCUGAAAAUGGAAAUCCAAGCCAAGAGUCUAACAAGUUAUGAUGUCUGCAGCAUACUUCUUGGGACCUCUACCUUGCUUGUGUGGAUCGGCGUCAUUCGAUACCUCAGUUUCUUUCAGAAGUACAAUCUCCUUAUCCUGACCCUUCAGGCAGCGCUGCCCAACGUCAUGAGGUUCUGCUGCUGUGCAGCUAUGAUUUAUUUUGGCUAUUGCUUCUGUGGAUGGAUUGUGCUGGGGCCCUACCAUGAAAAGUUCCGUUCUCUGAACAUGGUCUCUGAGUGCCUUUUUUCUCUGAUAAAUGGAGAUGAUAUGUUUGCCACAUUUGCAGGAAUGCAGCAAAAAAGUUACUUGGUCUGGCUAUUUAGCAGAACUUACCUCUACACGUUCAUCAGCCUUUUUAUAUAUAUGAUUUUAAGUCUUUUCAUUGCACUGAUCACUGAUACAUAUGAAACAAUUAAGCAUUACCAACAAAACGGCUUCCCAGAGACCAAACUGCGGACAUUUAUAUCAGAGUGCAAAGAUCUGCCCAACUCCGGAAAGUACAGAUUAGAUGAUGACCCUCCAGUAUCUAUAUUUUGCUGUUGUAAAAAGUAGCUGUCAUGCUUCUGUGUGCUGUACAGGAAAAUUCGGUGUGUAGCUGAGUUGGGAGACUAUACGUAUAUUUUAAGAUCUGGUGGAGUAUAUGUGAAAUUGACUAUUUUGAGCAAAUUGAUAGCUAUAAUUUAUUAAGUACUCAUUAGGUUUAUAAUUUUAAAAGCAAUAUUUAAUGUCUUUCAGCUUUAUGUUGAGUUCAUUUAAAAAAAAAAAACCUUAGCUUUGAUUAGGGAAGCUAUUGGUUUCUUGUUCUUUAGUUUGCCAUAGCCUUAGAAGGUGUUCUCUGCCACUCUUUACUCUAGCUCUUAGUCCAUUGCUUACUGCUGAUGGUGUCCUCAGUGGAAAACAAUGCCCGGCCUGACAGUGCCUUCAGAUGACUCACUAAUCCAGGCCUGGACCACUCUCUACUAGAGAGACGGGAUGGCUGCUGUAUGUCCAGCAAUCAUUGCGUUUUAAGACCAGGCCAGAAUGAGAAACAACCGUCACCAGCAAACAAUCCAAUAUGUGGUUGUGAGGGACAACUGGUAUACACAGGCUCUUUCAGAAUUGGAGAGAAUCAGGCUUCUUAGUAUUUGUGUAUAAGUUUUCUCCUUCAGUGUUAAUGUAAAGAACUUGAAAGAGUAUCUUAUACAUACAUGAAAAUUAAAGCACAUAUCAAAUGCAUGUCCUUGCCCAUGAGGAUUAUGUAUUCACACCCACGUGGCCUUGUGAACAUGGUGUGAUGCACUGUCCUUGCGUAUGCACCUUUGGUCUCAUGGAAAGAAGCAGCAUUUUAGGUUUAGGAACUGUGGUUUGUGGGGAGGGGUUUCAUAACUCACAUUAAAAUAUUCUGUAAAACAAUUAUCCUCAUAGCUUAAAUAUAAGUGGGAAAUAUAUGCCUUUAAAAGACAGGAACAAAGUGUCUAUCCUUACAAAAUGCUGAUUAGAUCUUUCAGGCAUUUUCAUAAUGUGAACCUUUGUUUUGUGUGUUGUUUGUUCAAAUAGAAAUGAGUUUGAUGAUGUGCAAUAAAGAAUUUCUCAAAGCAAA